UCUUGUGACCCGGCCCAUCUGGAGGCGUCCAGAAGCUCGAACUUUCUGCGGCAGUCUCGCCCGAGCCGGCUGGCAUCGCUCUUGGCCAUCUCCGGUGCGGGCACGUGUUCCAGGCCGCGCCCCAAUCUGCGGAUGGCGACCGGUGCCCCGAGAGAGCUCACCUUCCAGUAACGCUGCGACCCAGCGGCCUCCUCAGCGCUGAGAAUUUUAACUUUGUUUAAAGCCAAGAUGAAGAAAACACAGGUGGGGAAGAUUGAAGCCAUUUUACAGGAGAGGAUUAUGGUGCUAGAUGGAGGGGAUGGGGGACCAUGAUAUCAGCGGCACAGGCUAAAUGAAGAAGACUUCCGAGUGCAAGAGUUUAAAGACCAUCCUAGACCACUGAAAGGCAACAAUGACAUUUUAAGUAUAACUCAACCUGAUAUCAUUUAUCGAAUCCAUAAGGAGUACUUAUUGGGGCAGGAGGCAAAUAUCAUUGAAACAAAUACUUUCAGCAGUAUUAGUAUUUGCUCCAAGCUGACUAUGGACUUGAAAAACCUGGCCUACCGGAUGAACAAGUGCUCGGCAGAAGUGGCCCAAAAGGCAGCUGAGGAGAUAACUCUACAGACUGGUAUUAAAAGGUUUGUGGCAGGAGCAUUGGGUCCAACUAAUAAGACACUGUCUGUGUCCCCAUCUGUAGAAAGACCGGAUUACAGGAAUAUCACAUUUGAUGAGCUCGUUGAAGCAUAUAGAGAGCAAGCCCAAGGACUUCUAGAUGGUGGGGUUGAUAUCUUGCUCAUUGAAACUAUUUUUGAUACUGCAAAUGCCAAGGCAGCUUUGUUUGCAGUCCAGAACCUUUUUGAAGAGCAAUAUUCUCCCAGGCCUAUCUUUAUUUCAGGGACAAUUGUUGAUAAAAGUGGACGGACUCUAUCUGGACAGACAGCUGAAGCAUUUGUCAUCAGUGUGUCUCAUGCGAACCCACUCUGCAUUGGACUGAAUUGUGCGCUGGGUGCAGCUGAAAUGAGACCUUUUAUUGAAACAAUUGGAAAAUCUACUGAGGCCUACAUCCUUUGCUACCCUAAUGCAGGUCUUCCCAAUACCUUUGGUGAAUAUGAUGAAACGCCACACAUCAUGGCCAUGCACAUAAAGAACUUUGCUAUGGAUGGCUUGGUCAAUAUAGUUGGUGGAUGCUGUGGUACCACACCAGAUCAUAUCAGGGAAAUUGCUGAGGCUGUGAAAAGCCACAAGCCUAGAAUUCCACCUGCCACUGUUUUUGAAGGGCAUAUGUUACUGUCUGGUCUGGAGCCCUUCACAAUUGGACCAUACACCAACUUUGUUAAUAUUGGAGAACGCUGCAAUGUAGCAGGAUCUAGGAAGUUUGCUAGACUCAUCAUGGCAGGAAACUAUGAAGAAGCUCUCAGUGUUGCCAAAGUGCAGGUGGAAAUGGGAGCCCAAGUGCUGGAUAUUAACAUGGAUGACGGCAUGUUAGAUGGUACAAGUGCGAUGACCAGAUUUUGCAACUUCAUUGCUUCUGAGCCUGAUAUUGCCAAGGUACCCUUGUGCAUUGACUCUUCCAAUUUUGCUGUGCUUGAAGCCGGGUUAAAGUGCUGCCAAGGGAAGUGCAUUGUCAAUAGCAUUAGUCUGAAGGAAGGAGAGGAUGACUUCCUGGAGAAGGCCAGAAAGAUUAAGAAGUUUGGAGCUUCUGUGGUGGUCAUGGCUUUCGAUGAAGAAGGACAGGCAACAGAAAUAGACACUAAAAUUAAAGUAUGCACUCGGGCCUACCAUCUUCUUGUGAAUAAACUGGGCUUUAAUCCAAAUGACAUCAUCUUUGACCCAAAUAUCCUCACCAUUGGUACUGGAAUGGAAGAACAUAACUUGUAUGCUGUUAAUUUCAUCCAGGCAACCAAAGUCAUUAAAGAAACAUUACCUGGAGCCAAAAUAAGUGGAGGUCUUUCCAACUUGUCCUUCUCCUUCCGAGGGAUGGAAGCGAUUCGGGAAGCAAUGCAUGGAGUUUUCCUGUAUCAUGCUAUCAAGUUUGGUAUGGACAUGGGGAUUGUGAAUGCUGGGAACCUCCCUGUAUAUGAUGAUAUCCAUAAGGAACUUCUCCAGCUCUGUGAAGAUCUCAUCUGGAAUAAAGAUCCUGACGCCACUGAGAAACUCUUACGUUAUGCUCAGACUCAUGGCAAAGGAGGCAAGAAAGUCAUUCAGACUGACGAGUGGAGAAACAGCUCUGUUGAAGAUCGUCUUGAGUAUGCCCUUGUAAAGGGUAUUGAAAAACACAUUAUUGAGGAUACCGAGGAAGCCAGAUUAAAUCAAGAAAAAUAUCCUCGGCCUCUGAACAUAAUUGAAGGACCACUAAUGAAUGGCAUGAAAAUUGUUGGUGAUCAUUUUGGAGCUGGAAAAAUGUUCCUACCUCAGGUUAUAAAGUCAGCUCGAGUCAUGAAGAAGGCUGUUGGCCACCUUAUUCCCUUUAUGGAGAAAGAAAGAGAAGAAACAAAAGUACUUACUGGUACUGUAGAAGAAGAGGAUCCCUACCAAGGAACGAUUGUGUUGGCCACAGUUAAAGGCGACGUACAUGACAUAGGGAAAAACAUAGUCGGAGUGGUCCUUGGCUGCAAUAACUUUAGAGUUAUUGACUUAGGAGUGAUGACUCCCUGUGAUAAGAUCCUGAAGGCUGCUCUUGACCAUAAAGCAGACAUAAUCGGCCUGUCAGGACUCAUCACUCCUUCCCUUGAUGAAAUGAUUUUUGUUGCCAAGGAAAUGGAGAGAUUAGCUAUAAAGAUUCCUUUAUUGAUUGGAGGAGCAACCACUUCCAGAACCCACACGGCAGUUAAAAUAGCUCCACGGUACAGUGCGCCUGUAAUUCAUGUCCUGGACGCCUCCAAGAGUGUGGUGGUGUGUUCUCAGCUAUUAGAUGAGAAUCUAAAAGAUGACUAUUUUGAGGAGAUCACAGAAGAAUAUGAAGAUAUUAGACAAGACCAUUAUGAAUCUCUCAAGGAGAGAAGAUACUUAUCUUUAAGUCAAGCCAGGAAAAAUGGUUUUCAUAUUGACUGGCUUUCCGAGCCUCUCCCUGUGAAGCCCACGUUUUUUGGGACCCGGGUCUUCGAGGACUAUGACCUGCAGAAGCUGGUGGACUACAUUGACUGGAAGCCUUUCUUUGAUGUCUGGCAGCUCCGGGGCAAAUAUCCAAAUCGAGGUUUUCCCAAGAUAUUUAAUGACAAAACUGUAGGCGAAGAGGCCAGAAAAGUCUAUGAAGAUGCCCAAAAUAUGCUGAAGACACUGAUUCAGCAAAAGAAACUCCAGGCCAGGGGCGUGGUUGGGUUCUGGCCAGCACAGAGCAUCCAAGAUGACAUUCACCUCUACGCAGAGGAUGCUUUGCCCCAGGCAGCAGAGCCCAUUGCCACCUUUCAUGGGCUCAGGCAACAGGCUGAGAAGGAUUCUGCCAGCACAGAUCCAUAUCACUGCCUGGCAGACUUCAUCGCUCCUCUGCAUUCGGGUGUUCGUGACUACCUGGGCCUGUUUGUAGUUGCCUGCUUUGGGGUGGAUGAACUGAGCCACGCCUAUGAGGAAGAGUGUGAUGACUACAGCAGCAUCAUGGUCAAAGCUCUGGGGGACCGCUUGGCUGAGGCCUUUGCAGAGGAACUCCAUGAAAGGGUGCGCAGAGAGUUGUGGGCUUACUGCAGCAGUGAGCAGCUGAACACGGCAGACCUGCGAAGGCUGCGCUAUGAGGGCAUCCGCCCAGCUCCCGGCUAUCCCAGCCAGCCUGAUCACACUGAGAAGCUCACCAUGUGGAGACUUGCUGAUGUGGAGCGCUGCACAGGCAUUAAAUUAACAGAAUCAUUAGCAAUGUCGCCAGCUUCAGCAGUAUCUGGCCUUUACUUCUCCAAUCCGAAAUCCAAAUAUUUUGCAGUGGGAAAAAUUUCCAAGGAUCAGAUUGAAGACUAUGCCUUGAGGAAGAACAUGUCGAUGGCUGAAGCUGAAAAAUGGUUGGGGCCAAUUCUGGGCUAUGAUACAGACUAACACUUCCUUUCAGCCUUCUCUGAACUUACUUUGUCUCGAGGAAAUGAUGUCCAAAUGUGCCUUAAAAACAACAGCAACAUGCCAAUGUGGACCAGACUGGCAUUUUCCCAGCUUUUAGUUCAGAAGAGCCUUUGAUGGAACUGGAUAAAGAAAGAGGGUCUUCCUGGAGUUUGUGGAGUAUAAGCAGCAGUUUAUUUUUCCAGAGGACCAUGAGUGAAAAACAGCAGAUAGAACUUUGGUGGUGUCCCAGGUCUAGGACAAAGUGAAGAUAGAGGUCUUUGACAUUUCAGAGCAAGUUAGCU